AUGCAUCUUGAAAAAGCGACUAAAGAAGACGACCAGACUUUCUGGAAGCUGUUUGCUGCUCAUGCGGCUUCCGGAAAAUUUGACAACCUCAAGCCCUUCAAAGGCCUUGUGAUGGCUGUUUCCGUUCGACAUGAACGAGAGAGUGUUGGAAAAUCAUUAACGGGUGUGCAAUUCUCUCCUCAAUUCGACGACUUCAUGAUGACUUUGGCUGCGAUCAGCCCCAGAGGUGCCCAUUUUUUCCAAGAAACGUUCGCAGGCCGAUCACUUAGAAGUCAACGGGAUAUUCGUGCAAAGACUUCCAUGCAGCUUACAGAUGGACUCUCAGUCAUCAACUUUGAACGGAUCAGCUCAAUUUUGAAGACCUUGGACUACUCGGGGCCAUUGGCUGUGGGUUCUGAUCAGACUGUGUGUCUGAAAAGUUUACGAGUUCAUAAUGGAUUUCUUGUUGGUGCUCAAGGCGGUGAUAUCAAGUUUGAUUCGGAGGAACAGUUGAAGUCAUUAACUCAAGAUAUUGUCAAAUCCCAGAAUUUUUGCCCAAAAUUGAGAGCCUACACCAUUCAAGUUCCUUUACCUGGCAUUCCAACUUAUGUUGUUGCUCUUCUAGCCAGCAAAGAUAAGGAGUCUUCAAGCGACAUUGUUGAAACACACACAAAAUUUGUCAAAAUGUGUGACAAGUCCGGCAUGAAGAUACUAUCUCUUGCCUCUGAUGCUCAGAUGGAUCUCACCAAAAUAUCUGAUGCGCACCUCACGUUUGUCCGACCCAAAUACAACGUCAACAUCAAGCUUCCCUUGAUUGGAAAUCCGCCUCGACCUCUAGUGGGAGUACAAGAUCCUAAGCAUGCUAGGAAGACAUGCGUGAAUCAAAUUCUGUCAGGUGCUCGACUUCUCUCGUUUGGUAAAUAUUGGAUAUCAAUACUACAUCUCUCGACCAUUGUUGAAAAUCAAGACUCAUCACUCUACGUUAAGGAUGUCUUCAACUCUGACAAACAGGAUGAUGGUUGGGCAUAUUGUGUUUUCAAUGAAGAUACUCUCAAGAUUGCCUUGCAAAAUAACGAUUGCACCGGUCUUGCUCUCUACCUGUUUUACCUUGUCGAACAACAAAAGGCCACAUCUGGUGUUAUGUCUCUCAACAGGAAUGGCAUUUCAUAUCCAAGUCAAAAGAUUCUAGCCUCACUUGCCGAUUCCCUCCUCGGCCUCAUCAUCUCACACCGUGAAUAUUAUGCCAAUGUACCUUUGAUGCCUUGGAAACAUGGAACUGAGGCCUGUGAGCAUAUAUUUGGAUGGAUGCGAGUCAUCCUUCCCAAUUUUACUGUGUUGGAUGCAAGGCAAAUGAUGCCUAAGAUCUUCAUCAUUGUGAAAAGCAUCAUGUCCGGAAAAGUUACCGAUACUCCUUUUCAGAAUCUUGUGUCCAGAAAAAUAGAUGAUCUACUCUCAAUUGCUCGAAAACGUGCGGUGUGGAAAGUAAGGCGCGCCCUAGGAGAUUUCUUGUACUUCUCCGCUCCGCAACACGUCCUACUCCGGUUUGUUGUCCGGGGUAACUUGCUUGAUGGUCUUGUAGGUAACACUCUAACUCUAGUCUAUCUCUAACAAUUCUUUAGGCUAAUACACGAUUCACUCCUAAGUCACUCUGUUUUUCUGAUAUGUUCUGA